GUACAAGCAUAGUUUAUCCAAUCCACUUAGCAAUCUGAGAUUCUAUUUUCUUCUCCAUUGUUCCCCGAUGGAAAUGGAUUCCCUUCCCAACGGUAACAACGCCACCGGAACUCCGAUCGCCGUCACCCUCAACCCGGCGCCGCCUCCGCCGUCGAACCUUCCCCAACUGACAGAGUCUCUGAAGCUGGAGCACCAGUUCCUCAGGGUUCCUUUCGAGCACUACAAAAAAACCCUCCGUGCCAACCACCGCGCCGUCGAGAAGGAGAUGUCCGCCGUCAUAUCCGGCGUCAACGAAGCCGCUGACCUCUCCCCAGAUGACGCCGUCAACCAUCUUAACUCCCUUGUCUCCCGCUUGCAAGGGCUCAAGAGAAAGUUGGAGGAGGGAAGUCGGGCAGAGCAUUUACAAGCUCAAAAGUGUCGAGCGCGUCUUGAUCACUUAGAAUCUGCCGAUGCGGAAAACAUGCCAGAAUGGAAUAACACUCGCUUGAAGCGGAUUCUUGUUGAUUAUAUGUUGAGGAUGUCAUACUAUGACACUGCAGUGAAACUUGCAGAAAGCAGCAACUUGCAGGAUCUUGUUGAUAUUGAUGUAUUCCAAGAAGCAAAAAAGGUUAUUGAUGCUUUGCAAAAUAAGGAUGUUGCGCCUGCCCUAGCAUGGUGUGCUGAUAAUAAAUCAAGGCUGAAGAAGUCUAAGGUUCAUAUUGCUGUUUGAUCUUUUUAACAGUUGGUGCACCGUGCCAUAGGCUGAGUCAUGGUUUAGGCUUUUGGGUUCAUACUAAUCGGCAUUUCUUUUAAUGCAUUUAGAAUUGGAAAUCAUCUCAGACAUACUGCAACAACAAAAUAUUCAUAUUUAAGAGAAGGAUAACCACCGUAUUGCUCUAGUAUAAAAAUGUCUUUAGUCUGCUUAAAGUUUGAAAAUAAAAAUAAAAAUAAAAUUAUAAACUAAUGCAAAUCCAGACUUUCUCAAAUGCCCACCAGUGCCAAUAGAGUUUCUCAUAGGAUGACACUUGUUAAUAAUAAAUACACAAAUACACUUAAGGCAUCAGAUCAUAUUUACCAUUGCAAAUUUCUGGUGGUUUAAUGACGACAGAGCAAAUUGGAGUUCCAGUUGAGACUUCAAGAGUUCAUAGAAUUAGUAAGAGCUGAGAACAAUUUGAGAGCUAUCACGUAUGCUAGGAAAUAUCUUGCGCCAUGGGGAGCCACUCACAUGAAAGAAUUGCAGCGAGUCCUUGCAACACUAGCUUUUAAAAAGGAUACUGAAUGUGCCACAUACAAGGUGAGUAUACCUUGUCUUUGAGUGAUUUUGUGCGUUAGCGAUACUGGUGUCUUUAAUUUUAUUAUCUUUCAAUGCAAUGGUGUUAGGAUUGUAUUCAUGUUCCCUGUUGUUAGAAUUCUAGAAUUUGUAAUUAGAAUUGCAAUUUGAUACCCUUUAGUAUCACCCCACAUUUGUUUUACAUUUCCCCCCUACCCACUUUUCAUGCGAGGAUUUAGAAGUCUUCAAUGGUUAUGUGAAUGGAAUAGAAAGGGCGCUAAUGGAGUUCACGAGUUCCUCUAGCAAUGUGACAUUUAAGAAUGAAUUAGUGACUUCUGAGUAAUUUAAUUUUGCGCUUGUAUGUUUAAGUUUUUAUCAUACAUUGUGAUUCCCCCCAUUCAUGAUUGAAAAGUUGAACGACUGAUUCAUGAUGUGGUUUGGGACCUGAUAACUAUGUAAAUGUCAAUAACACAGUACAAGAUAGAGUUGUUUCAUUUCUUUUGCUGUUAAAAACAUUAACUCCGUUGUACAAGAGCAUGUAGUCCUUCAAGCUAAUUAUAUACACUUUACUCUGUGGAAAAGAAAGGAAUGACAGCCAAUAUGCUAAUUGAUGUAAACUUUAAAUGUUUCUAGUUGUUAAUAAUUGUAGUCAACAAAUCGAACUGUCUUAAACCUCUAAGUUGUGCUAUAUUCUCUAGUAUUGCAAUAAUCGAUUGGACUUUUACCUAGCACAUGUCUUAUGUAAUUCACACGGCCAAGAAAAAAAAAAUCCUGUAUUGAUUAGGUUAACAACAAGAAAUAUUAUUUGCACGGGUUAUUAUGUUCCACUGAUCACUUGUUGACGAAGAUUUUUAUGCCUGUAGUAUUUCACACAAAGUCUAAACAUUAUAUUGUUGAAACUGUAAUUCUUUGCCAGAAAUUUUGCUUCCUACUGCAUUAUUGUCUUGAGGAGCUGACAUUUCAGCACUAAAAUCUUUAUAAUUUU